CAUGGAUGCGACAGACACGAUUCAGGCACACACGCAAACUCCCCACCAGAGAGCACGUAUCGCCUGGGCUGUGCGACAUUGGGCAGUGCAGGGUCCAAGGGGUUCCAUUACCACACCGGACGGUUCUGGACCCGAUCGCCACGCAGUUUGCCCCUAUCGCUGGCUGCAACCGGAAAGGUCAAUUCAACUCGGCAGGCAGGUCUGACGAAUCUGCAUCCAAAGUUUAUUGUUAGGCGUCGAGGCAUUGUCACAUCCCACCCUCAAAACCAGCAGGCUUCUCAUCCAACACCACGCCUUUCAUUUGGAUUUCCCGCACACCGUCUUUUUAUUUGUUUAUUUAUUCAUUCGCCCUUUCGCAGGGCUGCCCGCCCGCCAACUCGCCUUAGUAUUCACCCUCCCGGUUGAGGGUCUCGCCAUCCCCACUCAAACAAACAGCACUCUCCUCCCUUUCCGGGGGACGCAUUACUGCGAUGGCAGAGAAGCGGCGCACAAUACGGUACGAAUUGCCAGCUGAAGAUGUCCAGCCACUCCAAAGCCCCGGGGUAGCCGGCAUGCCAGCCUGGGGCGCCGACAGCGCCGAAAGGCCAGGAGGCGCCACCGACCCAGGAUGUCCGAAGGGAAAUGUCUACGAGCUCAUGGGAAGCAGCGUGGAAGUUGGUGACGAUGGGCGUGUGAAGAUCGAUUGCGAAUCCAAGCUUGCCCGAGCCGUCAGCAUCAUGUACCGCCCAACCCCCUCGAAACAAGCGGUCGAGCCCUCCGAUCCGGAAGAUGAGCCCGGCCCGCCAGGGUACGAGGAAAGCCUCGGUCAAGGCGCGCAGUAUCCGAGGCUCAACGUCCUGAUCCAGGUCGUGGGCAGCCGCGGUGACGUCCAGCCUUUCAUUGCGCUCGGGAACGAGCUCCAGAGGCUUGGCUUCCGUGUCCGUCUCGCUACGCACGACGUUUUCGAGAAGUCUGUCCGGGAUGCUGGCUUGGAAUUCUACCCCGUCGGCGGCGAUCCUACAGCACUGAUGGCCUACAUGGUCAAGAACCCGGGCCUGAUCCCGAGCUUUGAGAGUCUACGAGCAGGCGAGAUCCAGCAAAAACGCGAGAUGGUGGAGGAGAUGCUCGAGGGGUUCUGGUAUUCUUGUUUCCGGCCAGACCCCGCCACCGAAGCCCCGUUCGUGGCCGACGCCAUCAUCGCCAACCCCCCUUCCUUCGCACACGUCCACUGUGCCCAGGCGCUCGGAGUGCCGGUGCACAUCAUGUUUACCAUGCCGUGGACCAGCACCAGCGCAUUCCCGCACCCGCUGGCCAAUCUCAGCAACAACAGCGGCAAUCAGUCCGUGGCGAAUUACGCGUCUUACGCCAUCGUUGAGUACCUGACAUGGCAAGGCCUGGGCGAUGUCAUCAACAGGUGGCGAAGCACCCUCGACCUGGAAACCGUAGCCAUGUUCGACGGCCCGUUGCUGGCGGAAAGGCUGCGCAUUCCCUUCACGUACUGUUGGUCGCCAGCCUUGGUCGCCAAACCCGCUGACUGGGGCCCGCAGAUUGAUGUCUGUGGAUUCUUUUUCCGAAGCCCUCCGUCGUACUCGCCGCCUGAAGACCUCGCGCGAUUCUUGUCAGCUGGUCCACCACCCGUGUACAUUGGAUUCGGCAGCAUCGUGCUUGAUUACCCGGAGCGCGUCGUUCGGACCAUCCUCGACGCUGUCCGCGCAGCGCGUGUCCGGGCCAUCAUCUCGAAGGGAUGGUCCGAUUUGGCGGGGCCGGCGAGCGAAGACAUAUACUGGGUCGGAGACUGCCCUCACGAGUGGCUCUUUGCCCAUGUCGCUGCCGUUGUCCAUCAUGGUGGCGCGGGCACGACGGCCUGUGGCUUGAGAAAUGGAGUGCCGACCGUCAUUGUGCCAUUCUUUGGAGACCAGCCCUUCUGGGGCGAGAUGGUCGCCAACGCCGGUGCAGGACCAAAGCCAAUCCCCUCAAAGCAACUAGACUCGCAGAAGCUGGCCGAGGGUAUUGCGUACUGUCUGACACCCCAAGCGCGGUCUGCCGCCCAGUCCAUCGCGGAGCAGAUGAAGUCCGAACAGGGUGUCCAGGCCGCCGCACAGUCGUGGCUCCGUCAGUUGCCCAAGCACCGUCUGCGAUGCGACCUCGUUCCUAGCGAGCCUGCGGCGUGGGUCUACAAAAAAGGAAAGAAACCCAUCAAGUUGUCCAAGAUUGCGGCAGAAGAGCUCGUGUCUCGUAAAGUGAUCGAAGCCAAGAAACUGGAGCACCACCACACCAAGCCGAUGACCAUCGACGUGACGCGAUGGGACCCGAUAACCGGUGGCGCCUCCGCCGUCAUGGCUACCGCAGUCGACAUGACCGACUCCAUCACCGGCAUGGUGACCAAGCCGGUGGACGAGUACCGACACGAACAACGAAGACGCGAGCGAGAGCGAAAGAGAGAUGUAGCCCGGCAGGGCGCGCAUCACGAUACCCUCGACGUAGCAGAUGGGCGCUCCAGCCCGGCAGGAUCAAGCACGUCAGGGGCGGCCUCGACGGACGAUUUCGGGAAGCCAAAACCGCGCUCCAUGGCCGGCACGGUGGCGGGGGCGUCGGCCAAGAGCAUCGGCAUGCUCGGGCCGACAGCGGCGAAAGGGAUGCUGGUCGAUUUCCCCCUCGCCAUCACAGAGGGCAUGAAGUCCGUCCCCCAGCUCUUUGGGACCAAGGUCCGCCACCACGGUCCCGUCACCGAUGCGAAGAGCGGCGCGGCCGUUGCCGGCAAGACAUUUGCCUGGGGGUUUGCGGACGGCUUGAGCGACCUGGUGAUGGAGCCCAUCCGAGGCGCCCGAGAUGAGGGCGCGCUGGGGGCCGUCAAGGGCAUAGGGAAGGGAGCGGUCAGUCUCGUCGCUAAGAGCGGCGCCGGCAUGUUUGGGCUGUUCGCCUAUCCCAGUGCUGGUAUCGCGAAGAGUCUGAGGACCGCCGUGCACAGCGGCGCGAGGAAGGUGCUGGCCAAGGCCAAGCAUGCCGAGGGGCAGUGGCUGCUGGGUAGGGAUUUGCCUCCGGGGUUUACCGGGGAUGACUCGGCCAACAAGUUCCGGGAGCUGCGAAAGGGUAAGGGCAAGUGAGAGAAUCAAGGAACACAGCAGUGGUCCGAAGGUUGUCAGAGGCUAUUUAAAUUCACAGCAAUGUAACAUUAGGUUGAAUGAUCCAGAGGCAGUAGGUAGCCAGCCGCCGGCAUAAACCUUGAGCGAUCAUGAUGCUGCAGGCCACCCCCUUUCCGGACCCCUCGAAAACCUCUGUGAGCGCCCUCUUCAGUGAGCUGCUUUGGAUCCAACGGAAGUGGAAAACCAGCCGCUUGUCGUUGCUUAGUGUAAAGUCUAUCUGGGCUUGUUCUAUGACGGUUGGGGCAAGGAACCAAUCAACGGUGCGCUCCGUCGUGCUCUGUGGGGCCAGGGACAGAGCACAGCAGAGCAGUGGGUGCUCCGCUACGCUCUAUAGCCUUGUCAACAGAGCACCACAGAGCACCUCACUUAUAUAAAC